UGAACAUGAUCCACAUUCCAGUGACUGAGAUUGUGGGAGUGCUGAUGGUUCUUGUGAUCUUGAGUCCGUGGUGGUGUGGAACGAGAGCUGUGACGAUGUACUUCUACUUGUUAUUUUUAAAGUUUGAGCUGGUGUUGAAUGUCAAAAGUCAGCAUCCUUGAACAUGGCUUCUGUACGAGAACAUAUGGAAACUGCAGCCCUGGGGAGGCCGCUUCAGCUGGGAAUGCUGUACGACUGCAGAAAUGAUUCAAUAGUACCAGGAAUAACACUUUGGGAUCAACAACAUGUGCAGCAUAACACAAAUGUUCGUUCGCAACAUAACACAGAGUUCACAGUUACAACUUCAGACACAAUUGAAGAAAAAUCUAAACAACUGAAAGUUGAUGGUGAACUGAAACUGAGUCUUUUGAGCGGGAUUGUCAAUGUUAGUGGUGCAGCCAGAUAUUUCAAUGACACUAAAAAGUCAUUUAUACAACAAAGGUUGACGCUGCAUUAUAAGACAACCAACAAAUUCGAGCAUUUGACUAUGACACAUCUGGCACAAGGACAAAUCCAUCACCAUGAGCUAUUUGAUCAUGAUAUAGCAACACAUGUAGUUGUAGCAGUUUUGUAUGGAGCAGAUGCCUACUUUGUAUUUGAUAAAGAGAUGAAUUUGUCUGAUGAGACAAAAGAUGUACAGGGAGAUGUAAAAAUUGCUGCUGACAAGCUAAAGUUCCUUUGUUCUGCUGGGGCACAGGUAGAGUUAAACAUGAAUGAACAUGAAAAGGCUGCAGUAAAGCAAAUGAAGUGUACAUUUUAUGGUGAUUUCAAGUUGUCCUCAAAUCCAACAACUUAUGAAAAUGCUAUGAAGGUUUAUAAUGAUCUUCCAAAGAUGCUUGGAGAAAAUGGAGAACAUGCAGUUCCAGUUAAAGUUUGGCUUUAUCCUCUGGAUAAACUGGACUCAAGAGCAGCCAAACUUCAAAGAAACAUCUCUACAGAUCUAAUUAGAGCUGUGGAAUUGGUAAUUGAGGAUUUAAAUGUCACAUCGAUGAGAUGUGGUGACCUGAUGGAAGACACAGUGGCAAAAACAUUUGGCACAUUUCACAAUCGAGUUCAGGACUUUCAGAAAUUCUGCACUGAAUAUAAACAAGAUUUCAUGAUCAAACUACAGUCCAUCCUGCCAGAAAUCCGAGGAGGUAAAACAGAUAUAAAAGACCUAAGUGAACUUCUAGAAGCCCACGAGAAGUCUCCUUUUAGAAGCCGUGAUGUCCUGCAGUGGAUAAUAAUGAAAGAAGAAAAAUCUAACCAAAUAAAAUCACUGCUAAAGCAGCUCAAGGAACUUGGAGCAGAAGUGGAUGCUGACAGAGACAAAUGUCUGUUAGACUUGAAUGUUGAGAAUUUGUUUUCUUACAAUUUUACCUGUCUUCAGCAGCCAGAGCCUCUCCUGACCCAACAAGAGAACUACCUGAAACCUUCAACAGUAACAAAUCCCAGUGAAAAUACACUCUAUCUAGAUCUACAGGAAAAAUCCUGGACCCUUGAGGAGCUCAAGUGCAUGAAGAAUAAUUUGAAGAUUUUUAAGGAUUUGAUCAAUUCAAAUAAAAGUAACAAAAACACAAGGUUUAUUGUUGAGAGUGUGCCUCAAACACCAGAUAAACCCGGCUCCUGUGUUCUAAUAUAUGAAAAUGGAGGCACUGAAGUUACCCGUUUUGUUCCUCCAUCAAAACCAAAACCUCCAACUGUUGAAUAUGUCACAGAUAACAGCAUAAAGCUAAAGAUUAGCUCUUUGUGUGCUGCUACACUGAAGAUGCAACUACUUCACAAAAUGACACAAGAGAAAAGCUGGAAAUCUCAGUCUGUGACUGAUGAGAGUGUUACACUGACAAAUCUUAAUGCAGGCACUGAUUAUGAAAUAAAAUGCGCAGCAGUUGGAAAAAUUGACUACAUGGUUGAAAGUGAUGUAACUGUAACAACUACUACCGACUCUGUGAUAAAACACCAUGGAGCUGAAAGUCACCAGGUACUUGAUUUAAAGUUUAAGCUGAUUUUAUCUGGUAAAACACUGAAUUCCCACAAGAACUUCAUAACUCGUCUUAAACGACGAGUUCACCUGAAGGAGGUGAAUACAGAGGAUGAGUGUGAUUUCAUUCUGGUUUUCUGUCCGAUUGUGUCACGAGCUGGAACUGACAUUGAAGCAGCAAUGAAACGUCUACACAAUAUUUCAGACACCAAACCUGUAGUCCUGGUGGUGCUCCAUCACACAUUUUAUCCAGAGUGUGUUGUUCCAGACAGCAUCAAAUGUGUAAACAGAAAGAAUAUGAUCGCAGUCGACUGUCUGUUCCAUGAAGAUACAGGAUUACUGCAGUGUCUGAAGAAUAAUGACUCACUGGACAAAACUUCUCAAUAUCUGAAGGAACUAUAUAUAAAAUGUGAAAACAUGAAAAGGCAAAAGGAAGGUGAAAGGUCAAGACCCAGAAACGGUGCAAGAUGCAUUGAAAAGGAAGUUACAGGACUUGAAGAUACAAAUAUGAAACCAGAUCAAACAACUAAUGUGUCAGAGGAAAGUGAAAAUUCACAACCUGAGAGAAACCAACCACUUAUAGACAGACUUCUGAUAGAAAAUACACAAACACAACAGGAGAAGGACAAGACACUGGAAGAGAAGGAGAAACAGCUCAAACAGACAAGAGCUGAACUGGACAAAACAAUUAAAGAGUUAGAAGACAGUCAGCGACACGUGGAGGAGAAAAACACACAAAUAGAGAAUCUGAACAAACUGCUGAAGGAGAAAGAAACACAGCUGAAGAACACAGAUAAAGAGCUGGAAACCAGUACAAAUAAACUGGACACACUGGGACAGGAGCUGCAGGACAAGCAGAGACAACUACAGGACACGAUGAUUGUAGUGGAGCAACAGAAAUCUGAGUUAGCAGAAAAAAAACAAGAACUUCAAGAGAAAGAGAGACUUCUGACUGAGAGAGGGACACAGAUAAUGGGAAGAGACAAAGAGCUUCAGGAGAAAGACAGACUUCUGACAGAAAGUCACCAGGUACUUGCUCAGGACCACACAACUAACCAGACUAUGAAGUAUUUAACUGUUGCACUUGGAUGCACAUUAAGACAUCAUGUGGGUAUAGAACAGAAAUUCCAGGAAAUAAUUCCAGCUCUGCAGAAUGUGCAGAAUCCAGAGGAUUGUGAUUUCAUUAUGGCUUUCUGCCCUGUUGUGGCUAUUAAAGCAGCAGAAAAGAUGCUUAAAACCCUACCAGGUAACAAACCUGCAGUUCUGGUGGUGCUUCAUCAUCCAGAACAUAUUGUAAAAGACAGCAGCAGAUCUGUAAAUAGACAGAAUACGAUCACAGUCGACUGUCUGAUCCAUGAAGAUCAGAGAUUACUGCAGUGUCCUGAAAAUGACAAAGCAUUGUCCAAAGUUAUAGAAUUUAUUGAGGACAUUCAGGGAGGGACACCGAGUAAAAGUCCAUAUCAUCAGCCUUUUGAUUACCAGAUGUUGAAGCAUCCUCGUCUAACAUACUUCACUCUAAUGACUGGAAAGACAUUAGGACAUCAUGUGGACAUAGAGAGGAAACUUCAGGAACAAAUACCAGGUCUGCAGAAGGGGAUGAAAUUGGAAGAGUCUGAUUUAGUUCUAGUUUUCUGCCCAGUUGUUUCACGAGCUGGAACUGACAGUGAAGCUGCAGUAGAGAUGCUCAAUACCCAAGCAGGGGACAAACGUGCAGUUCUGGUGGUUCUUCAUCACACGUUUAAUCCAGAGCUUAUUGUACCAGACAGCAGCAGAUCUGUAAAUAGACAGAAUACGAUCACAGUCGACUGUCUGUUCUAUGAAGAUCAGGGAUUACUGAUGUGUCAUAAGAACAAUGAAGCACUGUCCAAAGUUGUAAACUUCCUGCAUCCCAAGGGUGAUGAAUAUCCUGAAAAGAACACAUUUGGCAACUUUGAAGUAUAGAAAAAAGAAAACAUGAUGAAUGAUGAAUACAGAGAAGGCCAUGUCCAACCUGGACCAUCUUCCAGACCUUGAAGAUCUCGGUUUCUUCUCAAGAAGCACUGACCAACCCACUACCCAUAUAUAUAGCUUAAAUAAAUCAUGUUUAGAACUUGUAAGAUUUAUUUAUGUAAAAUUGACUCGUCUCCAUUAUGACUAAUAUCCUUAAACCUGCUGAGUAUUAGCAUGUAGUAGAUGCCUGCUUUUAUUUGUGGCUCUCUCUAUUCUUCCCACAAGCAUGAACAGUGGACAAUGUAAUGUUCUUUAUGAUAAAUACACUGAAUAAAUGAAAUACGUAAUAAUUAUAAUAAGCAGUAUAUUAUGAUUUAAUGCAUUUACAUGUAUUGUUCUGUAAAAGUAAAAAUAUAUAAAUAAAACAGUAGGGUUCAUGUUGCUGUAGUAAUGCCAGAUAUGAUGCAGCAUGAUAUAACACAUUAGUUAUUGCCUGUUAUUCUGUGACAAACAAUAAAUGUUCUUAAAGCA